CGCCAUAUUUACUUUUGAAUGAGGGCUGCGGAAAGUGUUUGUAAACGGUGGCUGUGGGAUGAGAGGAGAGAUCAAAGUGUUUCGUUACCGUUAAUGCUAUCGAGAAUGGUUGGGAAAUCAUUUCGCUAAGGAUCGUGGCAACGUUGCUGGCGAUCGAAUCGGUGCAGACAAGCAGCAGAGAGUCCGGAAGAAAGUCCUUGGGGCAUGAGUAUCGAAGUGAACUUUGAAAACCUUACUUCUCACCAAAUGGACUUUUCAAACAAUACUAUUGAAAGCCAAUGCGUCCAAAGGCCACUAGAGCGGGGAAUAACUUCUUUCAACUUUCCCAAGACGAAGUCAGCGUUAUGGGAUCCAACACCGCUUGGUGAUGCAAUAAGUAUACAGCUAACCUAUUAUAGAAACCCGAAGCUGCUUGUGGCAGAAAAGAUCUUGCGUCUUGUCCAUCGUCAUGCCAAACAGAGUGGAAGAAAAAUAUUCUCCUGUUUUCUACUUGGGUCAUUUGUUGUAGAUGAUGAUGAGGAAGGUGUUACAUUAACUGUAGAUCGUCUUGAUCCUGGGCGAGAAGCAGGGCAUUCAGAUAAAGUACCUACAGCUCCUCUUCCUGAAGAUUUCAUCAUUCCAUGUAUAAUUGAUACUCGAGGACUUGUUUCCAGAGACACCAAAGUUUAUUCAUCUGAGGAUUUCAAAACUACGUUUAAGAUGCUGUGCCAUUAUUGCUGUAGCAAGGAAACAAUUGACUCUUCCAGACUCCUUGUGUUGAGAGGAUGCAUUAACUGCUUUGAGAACUUGGAUAAUCUAAGCUUGGAACUUCAAUGGGCAGCUGUUACAGUAGCAAUCACAUUUGAUGCCACUCCAGUCAAUGCAGUUCCCAUAAUUCCUACAGCUUUGGCAAGAAAUUUAACCAGCCCGUUAAAUAUUGCUUAUGUUCAAGGGACAUACAAGUUUGGGUACCUUACAAUGGAUCAGACUCGCAAGCUUCUGUUAAUGCUUGAAUCGGAUCCCAAAGUGUUCACUUUGCCUUUAGUAGGAAUUUGGGUGAGUGGUGCAACCUAUGUACAUAGUCCACAAGUCUGGGCCUGCUGUCUACGCUAUCUAUUCAGUUCUUCCAUUCAAGAGAGAGUUUUCUGGACUGAACAGAAACGUUUUCUUCUAGUUGUCUAUUCAGUUACGCACAGACAGCCAGAGUUCUAUGAAAUCCAUCCUUGCCAUGAGCAUCAGAAACUAGAUUUCCAGCUGCUUACCAGUACAGAAGUAUUAAAUCUUUGCACAAGCAUUGAGUCUUCAGGAAAACAGCUCACUGAAUUUGAACUAAGUGCUGAAAAUAAAAAUCCAGAAAGUGAUUUAUUUAAGGAAGUGGUUAGCAAUAUUAUGGGCACGCCCCUUCAGUGUGACAUGCUUUCAAACAAAAAAUCAGUUGGUGACAAUGAUUCUGGUGUUGAGGAAGAUGACCUAUCUCCAAGACCAACACCAAGUCCACACCCAGUUGGACAAAAGUUUCCAAGAGUCUAUCCUUCUGUGCCUGAGCUGUCACUUGUAUUUGAUGGAAGUUUUAUAGAGUCAAAGUAUACUCCAACAAGAGUACAACAAAAUAAAUUGCAACAGACAAUGAAAACCCAUGAAGCAUCUAGGACUUUUAAUGCAAGCAAACAACCUUCCAAAAAUGGGCAGCAGGGAGUGAUGUCCCAAGUUGUACCUCCUCCAUUAAAACACAAUCUGAUUCUUUCACAUGGAUCAACAACAACUGUUAAGUCUUGUAACGAAAAAACAACAAAGUCACAAUCAAAAAGCAGUCAUUUUGCCAGGAAGAGUCCUGGGUCGUCGUCGUCGUCGUCGUCGUCGUCGUCGUCCUGCUCUACUCCUCCAAGUGGACCUUCACCCGACAAUUCUAUAGAACAACCAAAGAUGGUUAUGUCCACUGAUAAAGCUGAUCCAAUAAAGAAUCCUAUUUUGAGUAAAGGAGGGAUUGCUCCCAGGCUUCGGCAAUCUAUGUCUGACACACAGCAACCACAAGGACCAACUUCUCCCAACAAAUCCAGUCAACAUUCGUUACAGUACAUUCCUAAUUUUCCAUCUCAUUCUCCUUCUGAAAUGCAGAAUUUAGGAUUUCCACCACACUUUCACAUGCCAUACCCAACGAGCUACUGUAAUUGCUGCCAACGUCAUGGACCCUGCUGUGGACCUUCAUCGAAUUCUAAUUGGCAAGGAAAUACUCCAGCGUAUGGCUCAAAAGGAAUCCACUCACUACCUUGUCAUGAAUGUAGUCCUACAUCAUGCCCACAAACUUGUUUACCAAAUUCUCACUGUAGUAUUGUGUGUGCGAAUAACAAUUCAAUAAACCAGAGCUUACCUGGACAAAUAGGAAGCACAUCACUUUCAAACAGCAGUUUGAUGAAUUCACCUGGUGGCUCCUACACUCCUCCACUAAAUCGGUGUAAAACGUGCACAGGACCUUCUGCCUGUUUACACUUUCCCAUCGGAAGACUAGAGCAUGACCAAGAAGGAAAUGUAACAAUGGGAUUGCCUGUUAAUGCUUACAAGAUUCUUGUGGAACAGGAUAGACAACUAAAGCUCCUCCAAGCUCAGAUUCAACGACUCUUGGGCAGGCAGCAAUGUGGUGUUGCAGCUCCUGUGACACAUUGCUCUUCUAAAAAUAUUGGCAUUUCUGACUGUCUCCCUGGCUGUGGCGAGCAAAUGGAAUUUGUUGCUAUGGAAACCCAGACAUCUCCUGGAAUCCACAUGAAAAAAAGUGUCAGCAUUGCAGUAAGCACAGGUGCCAGUUUGUUCUUGGUUCCAUCUGAGGAACACGAGGUACAUCAAACUGUACGGAACCUCCAGCUGAAUGAUUCUGGAUUAUCCGAUGAAGAAAUGGCUGUCUCCGUUAAAACUGAUGAUACCAGCCGCACCAGUAUUUCUUCAUCUUCUGUGAAUGAAGUGGACAUCCACAGCUUUGUGGAGAGCAGUCAGAAUACAACAGAUACACCAGAUCAAGUUAUUAGUGUUCAAAGCUGUACACCUGAAGGUACAAAAAGCUGCUGGGAGUUUCAUGUUGAUUCUCUGAGUCCAAUGCUUGGGGAGAGUGCAAGUACCUGUCUGAAAAGUAGCCCAUCUGAAGUUCCACGUCAUAUGGAUAAUAACAAAACAGAGAAAUAUGAUGUUAGCACAGAAUCGCACAAUAACUCUCCAUUUCAAGAUGAGAGAACAUUUUACCAAAACUUAAUGGGCCAGGUAAACCAACUAUUAGAGUCAUCUCCUGAAAAACAAAAUGAAGUGGAGAAUAAAGCUGCUGAAUCAGAAAUCUCUGUGCGGAGCAGUGACACUAGGAACAAACAAUCUGAACGCCAGACCAGUCAGAAGGAAGACUAUGAUGUGUUGAGUGCAACUGUGAAACAGCUGAAGAAAAUGGGAGUGAAAAUUGAUCUUGACUUUGCCAGCAUGACCAAGAGCAAAAUUGAAAAUGCAAGCACGUUGGCUCGCAUAAACCCUGAAGCAGUUAUCCCAAGGUUGAACUACAUGUCCUUCGUCAAUGUUGGUGCAAGUGAACUUGGAGCUGCUGGAGUUGACCUUAGCAUGGAGGCCAAUGCUAUCGCUCUGAAGUACUUGAAUGAUGCUCAGCUUUCCCAGAUAUCUCUCAGACAUAGUGGUAAUUGUGAAUCAACAUCCCCAAAUAACUUACUGGAAAUGAACACGGACAGAAGCAUGGUAGGCCUGAGCCUAAUUUCACCCAAUAACAUGUCAUUUGCCACACGCAAAUACAUGAGGAGAUAUGGACUCAUGGAAGAAGCAUAUAGCAGUGAAGAGGAGGAUCGUUUGUCAGAUUCUACUAUACAGCCCAUAAAAUCUGAUUCAGAAAUUUUUUCUGCUAAAAAAGGAAGUUCUGAAAAAGUGGUUGACAUCCAGCUUAAGAACUGUUGUACAGUAGAGUCUUUCUCCAAGGCAGAUGGGAACAUUCUUAGAAACAUUACUAAUGAAGUUGCUUCUUCAAAACCACAAAGUGUGGAUACACAGGACCGACAUUGUCAGCAGACUCAAAAUAAUUCAAAACCUAAAAUGAAUAAGUUUGCCGAAGAAGUCAGUUAUAUCCAAAACCCUGAAAAAGAAAAUGGAAUUGAACGAAUUCCGGACUUUUCCAAGAAAUUGAGACCAAAUGUAUUAGAGAAACACAAGUCUACAAAAAGCAGUGAUGCAGUGGGCAACAUUCUGGAUGUAAAUCGGCUCCGACAACUACCCAAACUGUUUUAAUUAACCGGACUGUUGCAACAUCUGAUUUAAAAGCCAAAACAUUUUCCAAAAAACAAACUAUUUUGAAGACACCAUUUUUCAUACAAAAAUGGUCAAGAUUACACAUAAUGUAUAGGUCAGUUAAAUAUUCAACUUUUAGUAAAGGAUUGCAUAUGUAAAAUGACAAUAUCACCAGUUAUUAACUGGAAAUUACAAUGCAGUUGAAAGUCCAUUGUAAAUAUUCUGGAUAGCUCCUGCUAUAACUUGUUUAUAUAACUUAUGGGGUUUUUUUUGCUUGGCAGAAACUUGUGUAGUACGACUGUCUUGGGAUUAUAAUCAGUGGAUAAAUAUAGUUGUGUAGAUUUUAUACUGGCUAAGGUCAGUGACAAGCAAGCAAUCGACUACAACAAUAAACAUGGAGACCUGCAAUUCAUACUGAGUUUGUUUGCUCAGUGAGUAAUUCUAAUUUCAUGUUCCCAUUCAGCAUUUUUCUGCAUUGUGACCUGUGGAGAACAAAAUGAGAAGUAAAUCUCCCUUAGAGCAUGCUUCCAAAAUUUCAUAAGGCUUGCUUUGUCUGUACUUGACAAUUAAUUUUGAAUUAUUGCUGGAUUGAAAACUCAUAAUUCUUUAUAUACAAAGCGCAUGUAAAGUAUCAUGAAUGUGUGAUAAUGCAAGACAAACCACACCAUAAAGGGGAAGUGAAUCUAUAGUGUGGUAUAAAUGCAGUAUCUUUCAGGUGGAUUAGAGUUUAUGACUGGGUAGGGAAGUAGGAAACUUGAUGUCAACUCAAAAAUGUGAUUAUUGGAGAAAGCUGUAGUUUUGACAAUCCAAUUUUGCUCCCCUCCACUAAAUCGAAAUUGCCAGUGAAUGAAUUCUUGUUUUUGAUUGAAACAUUUUGUAGCUUAAGUUUACAGAAAUUCAAGGAUAUUCGUGUUUUCUUUACAUUUCUGUGUGAGGUGUUUAUCAAUGUUUCAAUUUGAGAUUUGUGCUUUUGGUCAGUUUGUCGUACAGAACCAUUAGAUCAAUUCGUACCUUUCUGUGACUUCUGCAAGUUAUUUUGUUUAAUCACUGGAUUUUGUGGACCAUUUAUAAAUAAAACAUUGCAUAAUUUC